AUGACCAGGAGACAGCAAACCACAGAGGACAGCAAAAGCGGGAAACGGAUUCUGAAGCCCGUUGUGGAGAAGAAGCGAAGAGAUCGUAUAAAUCAAAGUCUCGGUGAACUGAGAAGUUUGCUGUUGAAUGUCACGUCCGAUCCUCGACUGCACAAUCCUAAGCUAGAGAAGGCAGAGAUUCUGGACUUGGCUGUGGAGUACCUUAAGAAGUGGACAGAUAGAAAGAACGCAAGAGAUGCAGAGUCCAGUGCUCCUCCUCUCCUCAGCACUGAAACUGCAGGUUUCCAGCACCAGGUGUCCCAGCUGACCAGCUUCAUGCACAAGGUGACGCCCGCGCAGAGGACACGCCUCAUGGAGACGCUGAGGCAUCACGCCGAGAGCCUGCAGCCACGACCAGACCCCCACGAGGGGCCCGACGCCGCGCCCGCCGAAACCCUCUGCAAAUGUGACCACAGAGAAGAGUCGCCCUGGCUGCUUUUUCCGCCCCAUUCCUCCUUCCAGCCCCCGUCCUGCUCCACGCCGUGCCACGACUAUCUGUCCCCCCCGUCCUCCCCCUGGUUCCCUCACUCCUUCCCCACGUACGCAGCGUCUCCACCUUUCCCGUCCUUUGCCUGCUGCUUCCCCUCUCCCCCUAACCCGUCACCUCCGUCCUCCAACACCUCCUACUUCAGCUUCUCACCCACGUUUCCUCACACCAGCCCUCUUGGUCUCCACGUCCCACUUCUCACAUCGCUAAGACACCCCAACCUCCCACACAGGGAGGAGUCCACACCAGAAUGUUCAAACAUGUGGCGACCCUGGUUCUGA